AUGAGGCUUACGGGAGGUAACUCGGGGGAAGUGUUAGAGGCAGCUGGGACGGCCCUGCAGGCUCUUUGCCGCAAGGCACGCCUGGAGAUUCCGGGCUUCGUGGAAAAACUGUUGCCCCAGGUGGUAGAACUGGUGCGCUUUUCCAAGCUCCUUCCGCAGGGCGAGGAGCAUGCCAUUCGGAGGCGCAUGCGAGAAGCCGGUCCCGAAGCAGAGAGCACUGUCCCGCUGCCAGGAGUGCGAGUGCUGGACAUGACGCGAGUGCUCGCAGGACCCUCCUGCACCCAAGUGCUGGGAGAUUUGGGUGCUGAAGUGACGAAGGUCGAGCGGCCGCAGGUGGGAGACGACACCCGCGGCUUCGCGCCACCGUUCCUCCCCGGGGCGGCACAGGAGACAAAGGCCAUGGCUGCGUAUUUCGCAGCACAGAACCGCAACAAGGCCUCGUUGACGGUAAACUACACCCUGCCAGAGGGACAGGACAUCCUGCGGCGUCUCUUGAAGACCAGUGAUGUGUUGGUGGAGAACUUCAAGACGGGGACUUUGGAGAAGUACGGUCUUGGCUAUGAUGAUCUGAGACACAGCUUCCCCUCCCUGGUCUACUGCUCCAUCACCGGCUUCGGACAAACGGGGCCCUACAGCCCACGGCCGGGAUACGAUGCUCUUGUCCAGGCGAUGGGCGGUUUCAUGAGCGUGACCGGCGAGGUGGAGGGAGAGCCGAUGAAGGUGGGAGUUCCCAUCCAUGACCUCUUUGCUGGCUUGCAUGGCGUGAUCGGCAUUCUGGCCGCUCUUCGCCACGCCGCCAUGACUGGGGAAGGGCAGCAUGUGGACAUUGGAAUGUUGGAUGUGUCUACGGCAAUGCUGGCGAAUCAGGCGAGCAACUUCCUUUCCACGGGAAAGGUACCGGACCGGCUGGGGAACCAGCAUCCCAACAUCGUUCCUUACCAGGUCAUGCCAGCCUCGGACGGUUACUUUAUCCUCGCGGUUGGGAACGACCCCACCUUCCAGCGCUUCGUAGCGGUCGCGGACAAGGCGGAUCCAGCGGCGAAGGCUCCGGCACUGCUGGACGACGGCCGCUUCAACUCGCAGUCUGCCCGCGUGGAGAAUCGGAAGCUGGUCACGGACACCUGCAAUGCCAUAACGAGGAAGAAGCCAGUGGAGUGGUGGCUACGUGAACUGGAAAGUGCGAGCAUCGGCUGCUCUCCAAUCAAAAACUUACAAGAAGUUUUCGAGGACCCACAGGUUAAGGCGCGGGAGAUGGUGAUUGACAUGCCCAUCGAAGGUCAUGCCCCGGCCAAGCUGGUGGCCUCGCCCCUGAAAUUCUCUUCGACGCCCUGCUCGUACCGGCGGCCUCCGCCUGGCCUGGGCGAGCACACGGAGAGCCUCCUCGCGGAUGCCGGCUUCAGCACCAAAGAGAUUGCGCAGCUCCGUGAGAAGGGUCGGGGCCCCGGGCAGGAUUUGAAGAACUUCAACCUCUUGGUGGACAGCAUUGACGAUGUAUUGGAAAAGGUGGACACAAAUCUCAGGGAUGCCAAGUCUGGCAAGCAGGCAGAGGAGGCUUCGGGUGGCGACGAGGAGGAGCCGGCGCCGACUCCCUCGGCAGGUUCGCAUGCCGUCCGCGCGGCGAAGCCGCAGGUGCGAUGGCGUCAGCUUGUCGACAACCACCGGAAGCGCUUUGUGCCCAGACUUUUGGUGAAGCACAACGAGAAAACUCCGCUGAGCCUCAUGCUCUUGGAAGCCCAGUGCAAGGCUGGAAUCCGGUCGUCUUCCGGAGUGCAAGCGCCGCAGACCCAUCAGGGUGGAGACGAUGAGGAUCCUCUUCCCAACCCGUACGAAGAGGAGCUGAGUGCCUUGUCUUGGCCGGACGAGUUCUUUCGGCCGCAGGCCUGUCGCUUCAACCGCAUGGAGGAUACACCCUUGAUCAUGGUCCGUACAGAGGAAGAGCUGAAGGAGAUGGUGGAGGAGAUCAAAGGAACCUGCAUCGGACAGGAGAUUGCUGUGGACGUUGAGCAUCACGAUUUCAGGUCAUUUCGUGGCUUCGUAUGCCUCAUCCAGGUGUCCACUCGGAAGAAGGACUUCCUGAUCGACCCCUUUGACAUCUUCGAGCAGCUGCACAUGCUCAAUGAGGUUUUUUCCGAUCCGCGCAUCGUGAAAGUGCUUCACGGCGCGGACCGUGACGUGCUUUGGCUACAGCGCGACUUCUCGAUAUACUUGGUGAACAUGUUUGACACGGGCCUUGCCACCCGUGCACUGCGAUUGCAAGGCGGUUACUCGCUCGCCAACCUCGUUUCCCACUUCUGUGGGGUACGCAAAGACAUGGACGACUGGUCGACGGACCCGGUGGCUGCGCCCGUGCAGACCGAGCUGCAUGCGAUAGAGUCCGGCAGGGGUUCAGGCGGCCUGGGCCACCACGUCUCGGCGCCUUUGGAGAGCCCUGGUAAGGCCCAGGGCCCAGGCGACUGCAAUGGCGCCGAAGUGCAGAGGCUUCGCGAGGAGAAUGCAAUGCUGCGCGCACAGGUGCGGGAACUGCAGGUGGUGCUGGCCACCGGAGUCCUCACCGAGAUCGCCAGGCUUCGGGAGGAGAACGAGGAACUUCAGCUGAAGAGUGCAGUCGUGGCCGAGAGCUGGAUUGGCAAAGGGUGGAAAGGGCCGGCGGCUUUGCUCCAGGCGCCCUACGACCUUUUCCUGGUCUUCUCGAUCAAGGCUGCAGAGAUUACCGCCUACUAUGGCUUCUCGUACAUCUUCGUGUCCUAUGUCUCAGACGAGUAUGGCAUGUCUGACGAAGAAGCUGGAAGACUCUACGGGGCCUACGGCUUUGCCUGCACAGGUGUUGGGCUCCUCCUUGGCUUCCUUAUCGAUCGACUCGGCGUGCGCCGAUCGAUGCUGCUGGGCUGCACCUGUUCCACGCUCUACCGGGCAAUUUGCGCUCUUGCUUCUUCAAGGCAGCUGAUGUGGUUUUCCACCAUGACGUUUGCUCCGGUGGGCGCGGCCUUUGGCGUUCCUGUGCUAGCUCUUGCUGUGCGGCGAUACACGCACAGGGAGAAUCGUGCUUUUGCCUUCUCCUUCUUCUACUCAAUGCUUUGCCUGGGCUGCCUGCUGGGCUCAGUUCUCAUCAACAUUGUCCGCGAUGUCCUCGUCGACGGGACAGUAGUGCUCGGCGUGAAGCUGAGCUGGAUGAGGAUGGUCCUGUGGAUGUGUACGGCGUGCACGUUCUACACGGUCAUUGCUUCUCUCUUCGUGCGGGACAUCCAGAUCCUUUCUGACAUGCCCCUGAAGGAUCGAGAGUACUGCAAGUUCAAGCCUGCCAACUUCCAGGUCCGGCAGACCAUCAAGGAGAUCAUGGGCCAAGCCAAGUUCUGGCGCUUGGCCGGGAUCACCGGGAUCUUCAUAGGUGUCCGAAUGACCUUCCGGCACUUGGAUGCCACGUUCCCGAAAUACUUUAUUCGAACUUAUGGACCGCAGGCCCCAUUUGAGAUCAUCCUGGGCAUCAACCCUAUUGUCGAAAUGAUCGGGACACCUUUGAUGACUGGCCUUCUGCUGAAAUGGAACACCACGUUGUCCCAGAAGCUGCUAUGGGGAUCCUUCAUCUCCGGCAUCUCCGUCUUUGCGCUCGCCAUCUGGGAGUCUUACCUGGGUGCGGUGGUUUUCGUCUUGGUCCUUUCUCUCGGAGACACCAUCUGGUCGCCCACGCUUUACGAGUUUUCGACGAUGGCAGCCACUGAGGGCAAGGAGGGGAUGUUUUUGGCAAUCACCAUGGCGCCCAUGUACUUGGCAGCGCUUCCCGUGGGCCUGAUCUCAGGUUGGGCGUUGGGGAACUUCUGUCCCCAGAAUGUCAACCCGGAGGAGCGGCGCUCACAGCUGAUGUGGUUCAUCAUCGGAAUCACAGGAUUCGUGUCUCCUGUCGCGCUCUGGUUCUUCCAGAAGAAACUGAUCCUUCCCGAGGAUGAGAAUGCCGGCGAAAAGGAGUUGGAGAGAGACGAGGGCGAGGGGGAGUACCGUCAGACGAGAAGGCUCAGAGAUGCAGGCGAUGCAGUGGGCCAGUCCCCCGCAAGUACUCUCCAGGAGGGGACGACGUUGGUCAUCGGCCGACCUUUGCCCGAUGAAGUUGUCCCCGAGGUGAAGCUGGACAAGAAGUAUCAGACGGCGGACUGGAGAGAACGGCCGCUUUCCACGGAGAUGGUCCACUACGCUCGGGCCGACACACACUACCUGCUCUUCUGCUACGACUGCCUGAAGAACGCUCUCUUGGCGCAAAGCGGAAUGGCAUCGAAGAGUGGCGUCAACGUCGGCAUGGCGGCGCUCGAGAGCGGCGAAGUCGAGGCGACCGAGGAAGGAGUGCAGAAUCUUCAAGCUGUCUUGCAGAAAAGUGCUGCCUUGUGCAGCCAAGUUUACAAAGAGGUGCCUCUUGACGCUGGCGAACACGCAUCCUCGCUGUCCGAUCGAUUUGGAUCAAGACAGCGUCCGUUGAAUCCGACGCAGAUGGGUGUACUCAAGGCACUCAUCGACUGGCGUGAUCAGCUCGCACGCAGCAUCGACGAGUCCCUGAACUUCGUGGCGCCCGACGCCUGCCUCUGGCGAGUUUGCCUUGCCAUGCCCACCUCGCCGGUGAAGCUGCGGAGCACCUGCAAUCCUUUGCCGUCCACGCUGCAGCAGCAUGCGCAGGAGGUCGUGGACAUCAUCAUCAAGUCUCAGCAUCUCGGGGUCGGCCCUGUCGUGAAGCUCCCGGCUUCGGCUUCUUGGCCGCAGGAAGAGCGAAGGAGCGCCCGGCCGAACCGGCGACCGCUUCGCCCCGGGAGUCCCUGCCGAGCCCAGUGGAGUCAGAGGACCCUACAGCCGCCGAGGUGCCAAAUCGAGUGGUGCUGGAAGCCUGGCCA